AUGUUGGGAAUUCCAUUUCUUUCCACUUACAUUCAACGUAUUGUUAAGGUUCAGGCUGUAGCUGAUUCAGUGGACUGGCUUAAUUAUUAUUGUACUUCUGUGCUUCUUGCCUUUUUUGCAUUGGCAAUUUCAGCUAAACAAUAUUUUGGUUCACCUAUCCAGUGCUGGACACCUAAUGAGUUCAAAGGAGGUUGGGACAAGUAUGCAGAGAAUUACUGUUUUGUGUCGAAUGCUUAUUAUGUACCUUUUGAUGAAGAAAUACCAAGAGAUUUGUCACACCGCCAGGACCAAAUCAGCUACUACCGUUGGGUCCCCGUCGUAUUAGCUGUGCAGGCUCUACUCUUUUGGUUGCCUAAUUGGAUUUGGAAUAUUCUACAUAAACAAACAGCUAUAAAUCCACGUUGUCUACUCAGCGAAGCGCAGAAAAGUCGAAAAUUGCAUGGAGCUGACCGUGAUAAAGAAAUUGGUGAAAUUGCGUCUUUUGUCUCUGACACAAUUUCCAACUUUUCACCUGACGAUAAAUUUGGUUAUCGAUCCCGACAUCCUUCAGGGUUAAAUGCUACUUUUCUUUACCUUGCGCUCAAGCUUCUUUAUGUUUUAAACUGUUUUGGUCAAUUAAUAAUUUUGAAUCGAUUUCUUGGUGGCGAAUUCCAUAGCUGGGCAUGGCAGGCCGUUUUUGAUUUGUUCAAAGGUGUGGAUUGGGGGGAAUCUAAAUUAUUUCCUCGUGUUAUCAUGUUUCAAUGCGUAAUUAUGUUAAACAUGAUUAAUGAAAAGCUCUACUUUUUCCUUCAUUUUUGGUUUUUGUUUGUUGGUAUUGUAACACUCGUUAACUUUUUCUACUAUUUUGCUAUGCUCAUGAUACCAAGGAUGCGUACAAAUUUUGUCCGACAAAAUAUUAACAAGCAUCAACAGAAGCUACGUGGUUUUGGGCGUCGCGAACUCCACCGGUUUGUCCAAUGUCGUUUACGCCCCGACGGAGUUCUUCUAAUUCAUUUUAUACGGCAACAUGUUGGUGGUCGCUUUACUUACGAAUUGCUUAAUGAGUUGCUGCGUCUACAUUGGCUGGCACAGACUAGUGGGGCAACACAUCAUAGUAGACUUGGCAAUAUUAAUAUGGUUAAAGGAAGUUCUAAUACUACAACAACAGCACAUUUUAUGGGUAAUGGUUCAGAUGGAGUUGAAAGCACCACUAACUCACCAGGUCGUGGAGAUAUUCUAACUAUUGGACAUCAAGAUGAAAACAGCUUUUCUCGCCAAAACACUUAUAAACCCACUGCUUAUGGGCAUGCACUUGGAUAUGCAAACAUGUCUAUGGGAAUUAAUAAGUCAUUGUCUGAUGCACCAGUGGCACUACAUGAAACACAAAAUUUUCCCAUAAUGCAUCAGAAUGCAUUUAAUUCUGCCUCUCUUCUGCGUGCUAUCAGUGGGACAGCUUCUCCAACUAAUGCUUUUGUACCACCAAAACUGGCAGAAAAUCAAUAUAGUGCACCGCCAACUUUACAAUUUGUUGAUGGAGGUGAUGAGAAAAAUCAAUCGAAGCAACAUAAUCAGUCUAUGAAUACAACUCCAUUAAUGCAACCUCGACGUUCAAAAUCUCCAUUGGUAACUGGACUUGGCAAGCGUCUUUUGCAAUCUCCACAGGCGCUGAACAAUAUGGAUUCUCAAACAAACAAGGAAGAUGUUACAUCAAAUGAUGAAAAUAACACCAAUUCUAAUUCUGAUGUUUGAUUAAAGAUAAUUCGACUUUUGAAAGGUUUGAUCAAUAUUUUUUAUCUAAUUUAUUUAUUUUGGCUUUUUAAUUUUCUAAAUUAUUUUUGAAUCUCCUAACAUUAUAUUUUUACUGCCAUUAAUUCUUAUUUUUAACUAUACUCUGGGAUUUUAAUUUAAGUAUUUCACUUUAAACACCAAUGUUGCUUUAACAUUCCAUUUAUUUUUGCAUUUAUGAGGAUUCUACCUAAUUUUAUACUAUAACCUUAAUAUUUUCUUAAUUUAUACUUUUUGUAACGCUGAUAUUUUGUAACGAAUAAAUAUUUUUCAGUUAUUCUGCCAUUUCUUUCUUUUAACGGAAUUCCUUAUACUUUAUUAAAUUAAAGCUGAUAAUAAUUGAGAAUCUAUGAAAUAAUAAAAGUUCAACAGAUUGACUGUCAAAAAUAACUAGAGAACUUGUUGGAUUGUGAUGGAUGUUGAAAAAAGCGUAGUGCGGCGAUGUGUUUGUUCGAUUGUUAGGCAG